AUGCCUCUAAUUCCGAAAGCCGAUCCUCCAGUGUCAAAGAUGGAGUGCCUACCGAUCCCCGCCGCCAAGCAAAAAGUGGCCCGGCCGUUCCCCAGCAUUCGGAACGCCGCCCAUACUUCGUCGGAAUAUCGACAAAAUCCUCUCUACUGCUACUACGCAGUCCAGUGUCCACAAGCCUUCCUCUUUCUCGGAAAUAUGCGAAAGAGGACUCUGGGGGGAGGCCGAGUGUUGGGCAGUGGAAGGUCUUUGAACCCUGCUGCCCCAACAUCUUCGCUGCAGAAGGACUCCCGCAUCCACUCACCGUCGCCUAGCAGUGUUUCCCUCAAUUCGCAGGGCGCUGUCUCUCAGAUGUCAGUAGAUACGCAGGAUAUAGUGUCGAGAAUAUCGCUAGAAAAUGGAGAUUCAUCUAUAUCCCGAGUUGCGGCGGCGGCAGGAAGCUCCAGGCUCGCUUGCCCAAUUUGCAACGAAGAGAUGCUUACCUUGCUGCAACUGAACAGGCACCUUGACGAUACACAUGCGAAUCUCGAGGGUGAUCGGCAAGUUGAAGUGAAGGACUGGUUUCAGAUCCAAGUAGAAAAGGCGAAACGAUUCCAACCACUAGCUGUGCUGAAUCAGAAGCUAAAGGGCCUCGAUGUCUUUGAAUCAAACCACAACGCAGCGGUAUCUGUUUCGGGCCCCACCCGAAUCUCGUCAGGUCAGACAGGACCGGAGCUACCAAGGAUACUGGACCCAGACGAAGUGGUCACAAGAGAACAUUGGCAAGGGCGUGGCAUGUAUGAUGUAUGUUUGGAGCCAAUGUGCCAGAAGCGACUUACGGUUAGCAGUGGCAGCGUCAACUGCCGCAAGUGCGGGAAGCUGUUUUGCGAAGAGCAUACUAUGUAUCAAAUGAAGCUGUCUCGAUCUGCUCAACAUGAACCAGUUCGCGGAUUCUGGUGCAGGGUAUGUGAGACUUGCUACAAGUCAAGGGAAGGGUACAAUAACCGUAAUGGCCAGGAACGCGACCACACUGCGGAAUUUGCUGAGCUACGGAGGCAAAAAGUGGACAAGGCAUUUUUGGAAGUCUCGCGGCUGGAAAAGCGGCUUACUCGACUCACUCAGCUACUCUCUACUCUCCCCGCAGACCAGAUUCAAUCAGGGGCCAAUAAACGAUGGUCUAUAACAUGGCAAAAUGACCACAGGAAAACACUUGAACAAUCCGUUAAACCAACAACCACCGGUACGAAACUCAACAUUGACAUUCGUCUUUGUAAAGAGUGUAAAUCUACUAUAUUUAGCCGAAGGGAUGUCGCGCAAGACCUCCUCAAAGAACCUCCGGAUCUUAGGGCGUAUAAGAAUCUUGUACAGUUCGAGAAAGGCAUUCGAUUGUUAUUACCAAGAUUCCAGAAAUUACUUUCCGCAUUACAAGACCCGGAAAAAGCACCUUCCCCCACCCAGCUUACUGAGGCUUCCAAAGUUCGUAAGCGUUUGAUGGACUCUUUCGCUCAGUAUGACAUUGCCGCCAGACGAAUCCGCGACCUCCCCACACAAUCUCCAACACAAGCCAAACUUCAAAAAGCCAUAUACCAUCAAGCCACUAAUUUCCUGCAUCUCCACAUGCUCCCCUUAAAAUCGCUCCCCAAAGUCCUAAAACAUGCCACUCCCCACGGUAGUAGACUUCCACCAAAUGCCAACACCGGAGUAGCGAACGGCGGCACCAGUGCUCUUGCCGCCAUAAAAUACGGCAACGGGGAGAGCGCAAACAGCACCGCCAGUCUAGCUAGUGAUAAUAGCAGCGCAAUCUCCGCGCUUGAAACGGAAGAAAAAUCCCUCCGUGAACGUCUCAUCGUGCUUGAGGAGCAGAAAUUCUUCGUAACUGAGAUGAUCGCUGACGCGAACCGCAGGCGCAAAUACGACGAGGCUAGUAGUCUUGUUCAAAAUGCUGAGGAACUUAGCAAAGAGAUCGAUCGUAUUAAUGGAAUGAUCGGACAAUUGGAUUUUGAAGGACUUUAUUCCGACCAAACUGCAUAA